AUGUCUGACAAGUCUAAUCUCCUCGCUCUCCUGGGAUCCUACGAUAAUCUCAACGAGACUGAACCCCCAUGGAAUCGUGGCUCGACCGUCGUCCCAGUCUCCAUCAUAUUUUUGGUAAUACUCUGGAUAUGUGUCAUCUUUCGGAUAUACACUCGGUUGAUCAUCGUUCGUUCGCCUGGGUGGGAUGAUGUCUUUGUGGUCCUUGUCACGCUGUCUUCCACCUGCGGCUCAAUAUGUAUUUGCCUAGCUGUGACUCACGGAUUGGGCAAGCAUUUCAUCCUGCUGCCAUAUUCAGAAACAAUGGCAUACCUCGAGCUCUUCUACAUCGCCAAUGGUACAUAUUCCAUGUCGACAGCGUUUGUCAAACUGUCUUUGCUACUCCAAUACAUGCGCAUCUUCCAGGAGGAGAGGAGCAUGCGUCUUAUCUGCAUUAUAGUUCUCGUGUUUACAGGUCUUUGGGGUUGCGCUUAUUCGAUUAUGGCGUGGUUCCCAUGUUUUCCUGUUCAUGGGUAUUGGACGUGGACGGUUCCAUCGACUUGCUAUGGCUUUGGUUCCCUGGAUUCAGCGACCUUCUUCGGCACAUAUGCUAGCUCGUCUGGAAUUAAUAUGGUGCUCGAUAUCAUCGUUCUCAUCAUACCCUUUCCACUGUACUUCCGGAAGAACACACCGAACCGGACGAAGAUGGGCCUUCUUGCAUUGCUGUUCCUGGGUGGAUGCAUCAACUUUUUAUCAAUAUGGAGACUAGCGACCAUCGUUGAACACAAGGCUGGGACGAAGCCCACCUUCGACCCUACCUUUUACGGACCGAUAAGCAUCCUGCUCGCAGUGCUUGAAACGGAUGUGGCAGGCAUUUGCGCGUCGAUCCCGGUGUUCUGGCCUGUCCUCACAGCCGAACUCGAUCGCAUCUUCGUGACGCAAGAAAUCAAGAUCGAAAGAGCGCACCGCUUCUCGAAUAUGGGGGAUGCCGAAGAGUACGAACUGCAACGAGGAACCACAGCGGAGUUGCAGCACACAGAGCGCAGUCUGCACAGCAGGACUACAAGCGAGGAGAGUCUCAAUCAGAACCCAGACUCGAAACAGGCCCGAGUGAAGGAGUCGCAUUACAUGGACGAAUAUGUUGCUGCCCAAGUCGACCCGUUGAAUGUGACGCAUGGGGUCGAAUCGCACAUCACUUCUCAGGGGAUGGUCAAGAAGAAGUGGAAGGUUGCUUUCUGAUUGUACAGAGUACAUUCAAUCGCGUUGGGUUGGAAACCUUCAAGUCGGCUCGUACUUGUGAAAUAAUGCUUUUAUCUGAGCGAUGCAUACAAUUCGCUGUGAGAUUCGAUGUUAUUUAUCAACUUUGUGAAGCUUUUGGCAGGUUUGAGCCAAU